AUGAUUCAUGAAGGAUUUAAAUUCAUUUGUAAUGGCAACAACAAGAAAGGAGUAUCUUACUUUAAGUGUGAACAAUAUCAAAGUGCCUUUUGUAAAGCAUCAAUAAAACAAUUAAAUAAUGGACAAAUAAAAGUGAUUAAGGCACAUCACACACACAGACUUCCUCAGAAUGAUAAAAAAAAGGAAUUUAGAGAGAUUUUGAAGAACAGAGCCAUUAAUGAAAUUGGGCUACUGAAAAAUAUUUAUGACGAGGAAGCUCGAAAUAAUAGGGAAGCAUCUGCAAUGUAUCCUUGGUCAACAGCCGAAAAAAUUAUGCGAUAUGCCAGAAAAAUUUCACUUCCUGAGUUACCCAACUCUUUAGAAGCUCUGGCUCUUCUAUUUGAUAACGGAGAACUUAAUAGAUUUACGUGCACUCAGACAACGUUCUAUAGAGGCUGUGUUCAAGACGAUCAGGGAAAUUAUAAUAUUAUUUUUGGAUGUCCUGAACUAAUACAGUCUGUAGUGGAAGCCGAAGUAGAUGAGUUACACGUUGAUGGCACAUUUAAAGUUGUGCCAACUGGAAUAAAUGCAAAACAGUUGUUGGUGCUACAUUGCAUGAUCCAAAACUAUUCUAUACCUGUGUGUUAUGUAUUGAUGCAAUCAAAAAGAAGGCCAUCAUAUGAAUGUGUUAUUAGAUACAUAAAACAAAAUAUGCUGCAAAACCUGAACAUUACGAGGAUAAUAACGGACUAUGAAUCGGCUUUAAAAGAUACUCUGUUGUCACAUUUUCCGCAAGCCAGAGCAGUUGGAUGUUGGUUUCACCACAAUCAAGCAGUUUGGCGAAAAAUGAAGAAGUUGGGGUAUUUAAAUUUAGUGAAUACCAAUGAAUGGGCACUUAAAUGCUUAAGAUUGCUAUUAAGUCUUCCACUCUUACCAGCUAACGACAUUGAAAAUGGGUUAAAUUGGAUUAUUCAGUUGGCAAGAAGAAAAAAUAUAAAUUUUGACAGACUCUUUGAUUAUUAUAGAAGAUUUUGGAUUCUACGUGUUGGAGUACUCACAUUAUCUGUGAAUGGAUGUCCAAGAAGGACAAACAAUAAUGUUGAGUCCUUCCACAAAUCAUUACAGCUAAAAUUUUCUGUCUCUCACCCUAACCUAUGGGUAUUUUUGGAACAACUUAGCCAUUUAAGUGAAAAUUACCACAUUAUAGUAGAUCAGCUAUCGAAUGGAUUGCAACCAACUAAAAAACUUAGUGUUAAAUUCUUGGCGAAUAGUGCCAGAAUACGUAGAGCCACGGAAGAAUAUGAUUCACAACUAAUUACAUUGAGACAGUUUUUAGAACGGUGUUCGUAUUCGAUGGCAGCAUAUGAAAUGCGCCAAAGACAUUGGGCGUUAGGCGUUCAAAAUGUAAGAGAAGUUGAAAAUAAUGAAGCAGUCGAUGAAGAUGACCCUGCAGAGCCAGCAAUAAACGAAGUAGAAGAUAUGGAAAUUCUUAACGAAGAUGAUCAAUUUGAAAAUAAUGAAGCAGUCAAUGGAGAUGAUGCUGCAGAGCAAGAAAAUAUUGUAGCAAGAGAAGUUGAUGAAAUUGGGGAAAUAGAAAAUGAAAAUGAUGCUGUAGAAACAAGAAAUAUGGACAAUCAAAGACCAGUCAGAGACCGCCAAGUUCAAUUAUGUGAAGUGCCAGAAAUACUAAUUGCAAAUGUACAACAAAGAAAUACGCUGUUUGAUGUUCAAGAUGAUGAGCCAUUAUUUGCUCCUAAUGAGUCUAUAAAUGAAGAUGAUAAUAUUAUAGCUCCUGCCGCUCCUGGUCUACCAAAUAAUGAAAACAUGGUUAGAGAUUCAACUUAUUGUGUUGUGUGCUCAUCAACAGAAUCAACACAUGCUUGUAUACCUUGUGGGCACAAAGUAUUGUGUGUAAAUUGUACCACUGAUGAAAUAACCAAGUGCCCUAUUUGUCAACUAGAUACGCUGAUGAUAAUCAGAAUUCAUCAAUGA